AUGCAAUACCAGCGACUUGGUAACAGUGGUUUGAAAACUUCAAGAAUAAUUCUCGGCUGUAUGACUUAUGGAAAUCCCAACUGGGAAGGCUCUCCAUGGGUUCUCGAUGAGGCGCAGUCACUGCCGCUUUUGAAAAGGGCCUACGAUUUGGGCAUCAAUACGUUUGAUACCGCAAACACAUACUCGAACGGAAUUUCUGAAGGACUCCUCGGCAAAAUGAUCAAAAAAUAUUCCAUCCCGCGGAGCAAGGUAGUCAUAAUGACAAAAGUCUACUAUCCCGUGCUGGAAGAAACCCCAAAUUUGCGAUCAAGCCCCGCACUAAAUGACGGGCCUUUAGUAAAUCAGAUGGGGUUAAGUCGGAAGCAUGUCUUCGACGCCGUUGAAGGGUCACUACGGCGGUUGAAUACAGAUCACAUCGACGUUCUUCAAAUUCAUCGGCUGGAUUCAGAAACCUCCCCCGAAGAGAUUAUGAGAGCACUGCACGAUCUAGUUCAAAUGGGGAAAGUCCGCUAUCUAGGGGCCUCGAGUAUGCACUGCUGGGAAUUCGCAAGGUUGCAAUAUAUCGCCAAAAUGCACGGAUGGACGCCAUUCGUCAGCAUGCAAGGCCUAUACAAUCUGCUUUAUCGUGAAGAGGAACGCGAGAUGAAUCCAUUUUGUCGCAGCGAGGGCGUAGGGUUGAUUGCCUGGAGCCCCCUAGCGCGAGGCAUAUUGGCUCGUCCGUGGCAAGAGAAAACAACUCGCGCAGAUCAAGAUCAGAAGACAAAGAAAUGGUUUGUUGGUGAUCAAAACGAGAUUAUUGUGAAUCGGGUCGAGGAAGUGGCUCACAGAAAGAACUGCAGCAUGAGCUCUGUUGCGAUGGCCUGGUUGUUGGAGAAAGGAUGCUGUCCGAUCGUUGGACUUAACAGCAUCCAGAGAAUUGAAAAUUCUCUUGAGACUCUUGCUAUUCAUCUCACGAAUGAGGAUUUGAGAUAUCUAGAAGACCCAUAUCUCCCAUUAGCUGUUCAGGCGAUUUAA